AUGGAUAGCAUCUCCGCCAUCACGUUGACCAGAGCGGUUUCCAGGUUCCCCAGUGUUGAAUCGCUUCAAAAAUUGCCUACUUAUAAUGCUCGUGCUAAGUUAAUGUAUAAGAAGUUUUAUAGGUUAAGAAACUUAAUUGAUGAAGAAACUGAUCUUAGACAAGUGUACUGUGACGUACUUAAACGAAAGUUCACUUUGGAGAGUUUCAACAGUCGUCGCAAGAUUUUAUUGGGGGUCGAUUCUGAUAUUGCUAAAGAUUCUCCUGAUCAAUGGAGAAGAAUAGUUAACACUUAUAUUUUUGUAUUCAAUUCCACAGUCCGUCCCGAUGAGUCGCCGGUCCCGUUGGUUCAUGAACAAGAUGCCUCCAAGCAACCACCCGAGAGACUAGAGAAGUCGAUUUUGUUGAACUUGUUAAAGAUUGAUUUAAAUACGCCCAAUCACUUAAAAUUGGAUAUUUCCAAUUCGUUCCUCCGGAACAUCUCUCACGUGGCCGAGCAGAUGCUGCUGGACCUUCUGAAGAAGAAAGAGCGCCAGCUAUUCAACUUGGCGGACCCCAAACACAUUGCCUACCGAGACCAUCUCUUGAGUGUAAUGAGAUUGAAUGAAUCAGUGGGAUUGUAUUUGUGA